UAGCUAAUAAAGAGGGAAAGGGAAGACAACAUCAGAAUGGGACGGGGAUCGUUUGAGUUAUACCGAAAGCUCUUAUCUGCCCCAGAGAGGACCGGAGAUGAUUCAAACAGCAGCAGCGACGUUCUUUUUUCCUGCACUCAUAUGGGUAAAGCCAAACUCUCAACGGAAUUCCAGAAGCAAUCCCCAAAGUUUGAACCUCAGGCUCAGGGCUUCCUCACUUUCCAAUUCUCGUUUUCCUCUAGCAAGCAGAAUCAUCGUUAAAAAUUUAGGAUAUUCAGUCAGUGAAAGUACUUUGCAAAAGGAAUUUUCAAGUUUUGGUGAAGUAGCUGGAGUUAAGCUUAUCAAAGAUGAAAUCAGUAAAAGACCCAAAGCAUAUGCAUUUAUUCAAUAUACUUGUCAAGAUGAUGCCAUUAUAGCCCUGGAGAAUAUGGACCAAAAGAUAUUUGAUGGCAGGUUGAUUCAUGUUGAAAUUGCCAAACCUGGGAAAGAAAGUUUUGGAGGAUACCCAAAGGCCUCUGGUCCUCCAAAGAAACAGCAUUUGCAGGAACAAGAUGAGGUUGCAGAUUGCUGGUACUGAUCCAUUUUUUUUUCAUAGCUUGAAAUCACUCGAGUAGAAAAAAAUGUAAAUCAAGUGAAGUGGCAAAAUGGAGCACUACUGCUUCUGUAGAAUUGUUUCAAGAAAAUUUUUAAUAUCGACUUUGGAAUGGGUCUUAAAUAUAACUAGAUAGUGAAAAAUAAUCAAUAUGAUUGAUUUGAAAUUAAGAUUUGCUUAUUUUUGUUGUGAUGGCAA